GCGAGCCUUUGCGGAAGCCUGAGGAUCCGAGGCGGCGCUAAAUGAAAUUAGCAUACGAACUGGUUCUCGGAGCUCCGCGGCGGAUGGACGCCUGAACACCCGCACGAAUACGCGCUCUCCCCAACCACACGCUCCCCGAGGCCGGCCUCAUUUUGUCGGGAUCCUUCUGCCGUCCGCCUGCCGAGGAGAUGGGGGACAAGGCGGGCACCAGAGUUUUCAAGAAGUCCAGCCCCAACUGUAAGGUGACGGUGUACUUGGGAAAGAGAGACUUUGUGGAUCACCUGGACCACGUGGACCCUGUCGACGGCGUAAUCCUCGUCGACCCCGAGUACCUGAAGGACAGGAAAGUCUUCGUCACGCUGACCUGUGCCUUCCGUUACGGCCGCGAGGAUCUCGACGUUCUGGGUCUCUCCUUCAGAAAGGACCUCUACAUCUCCACCUUCCAGGCUUUUCCUCCGGUGCCCGAGGAGAGGAAAUCAAACAGCCGUCUUCAGGAGAGGCUGCUGAAGAAACUGGGCCAGCACGCACAUCCUUUUUACUUCACUAUCCCUCAGAACCUCCCAUGUUCAGUCACUCUACAGCCCGGACCGGAGGACACCGGGAAGGCAUGUGGUGUGGACUUUGAGAUCAGAGCUUUCUGUGCCAAGUCCAUAGAAGAGAAGAUUCACAAGAGGAACUCGGUGCGUCUGGUCAUCAGGAAGGUCCAGUAUGCCCCGGAGAAGCCCGGCCCCCAGCCCAUGGUGGAGACCACCCGCAGCUUCCUCAUGUCCGACCGCUCCCUGCACCUGGAGGCCUCGCUGGACAAGGAGCUGUAUUAUCACGGAGAGCCGAUCAGCGUCAACGUUCACGUCACAAACAACUCCACCAAGACCGUGAAGAGGGUGAAGAUCUCAGUGCGUCAGUAUGCAGAUAUCUGCCUCUUCAGCACUGCUCAGUACAAAUGUCCGGUGGCCCAGCUGGAAGCAGACGACCAGGUGUCGUCCAGCUCCACCUUCUGUAAGGUGUACACUCUGACCCCGACGCUGGACAAAAACCGUGAGAAAAGAGGACUGGCACUGGACGGAAAGCUCAAACACGAAGACACCAACCUGGCCUCGUCCACCAUUGUGAAGGACGUCACCAACAAGGAGGUUUUGGGGAUUCUGGUGUCGUACAGAGUCAAAGUCAAACUGGUGGUCUCACGUGGAGGAGACGUGUCGGUGGAGCUGCCCUUCAUCCUCAUGCACCCCAAACCCGUGGAGCCGCCGGCGUCCCGCCCACAGUCAGCUGUGCCAGAGAUGGACCCGCCCAUCGACACCAACUUGAUAGAGUUCGACACAAACAGCAUCUCUCAGGACGAUGACUUUGUCUUCGAGGAUUUCGCUCGCCUGCGGCUGAAAGGCGUCGUGGACGACAAAGACGAGGACUGCUAGGAGCUCUACAACCACUCCAUCUGCUUCGAUCCUCACACGCACACGCGCACACACACACACACACACCUUCUCGUACAGGCUUCAUGUUACAUUCCCCGGUGGGUGGGGGGGUGGAGGGGAGUGGAUGAGGUCGCGUUGUGGGCAGACUGUCCUUGUUUGUUUGUUUGUUUGUUUUUCUGAGGGUUGGAUGUAGAGUCAAGCCUCGGUCUGCGGUCUCCUCAGCGCCCCCUGCAGGUUUCCUCUCACUCACCGUCGUGUCCACAGUUUGAAGUCUGCAGGUUUUUUCCUAUCACUGCUGCUUUCUUUGUUUAUUUUUGUUUUGUCACGGCAGCACAGCCGGAAACACACACACACACACACACACACACACACACACACACAAAGACACACACACUCUCUCGAUUUCACCAGCAUCCACUCGCCUCCUGCUGCCCUCCCAUCACUCUCAACUCAACAAACAACCAGUAAACACCAAAUUUGGAAGGAAACGACAUAAAAUAAAGUGAAAAUUUUCUCGGUUAUACGAAUUUAAAAUGUAUUUUUUCUUACUUUAAGUUGUUUGUUCGCACCUUUCUGCAGCCUUUUGACAUUCUGCUUUAAAAAAACAAAAAACAAACAAAAAAAGCCAAACAUCUUCAGUCAUUUGAAAACCUUGCCGCCCUCCCUCGACAAUACGCUCGGAGCAGAGGCCGAGCCGUCCGUGGGCAGAGGAGGGCGGGGCUUAGCUCUUCUCUCCACAACUUUCACAAGAAGGGUUGACCCUCUUCUUAUUCUGAAGGUGAAAUUUGUGUUUGUUGGUUUUUGUUGUUGAGAGAAAGCAGCCUCACUUUUUCAAUGAAGAUUUAAAAUCAGCAGCUAAGCAUCGAGUUUCAUGAGUUUUUUUCCACUGUUAAAAUCGAUAAAGGUUAUCGGAGGAAGUUUCUCCGCUUCUCUUCCAGUCACCCGUUCCCAUUUUCCUUUUCCAUCUCCGGUGUCAUGAAGGAAACGUCACUGUGUUUCGUUUCAAUGUGAGCCAUUUUCUUUUUUUAACAUGAAAAAAAAAAUGUCGUGCCUUCAGCGUCUUUGUAAUGUGACUUUUAUUAGGAUUUGUUUGAUCACCGCUGAAACUGGCUGAAAUGUUCGGUGUUGACAUGAUUUCAGUCUUUUUUUUUUUUUUUUUCCUUGAGGCCAAAAUGUCACGGUUGCAAUGAGCACUUUUAACAAAAUCUUUAUUUUUGCUUUUGAUCAGACACUAAAAUCUGAACAGGGAGUCAUUCACAGAAGCAUUAUUUUUUUGCCAAAUAUAUUACCUUUUUGUUAACUUGCUCAAAUUUAGAUAAUAAAGAGUUUAUUUGUAAUUUUCGGGUGAAGCUUUCAUAUUUUUUUUUUUUAAUUUUAGAAUUGCAAUUUUAUUCACAAAAAUUUAGUCUGUAGGAAAAUGUAUAAGUUGUUCAUCACAAUGCUAAAAGUGUCGCAAUAUCUGCAAUAUUGUUUUUUUUCCCUUUUCUGGGGGAAAAAAAAGGAUAUUUGGAAAAAUUUUGCAUGAUUUAUUCUGUCCAUCAAAUAUAAUUUUAAAGAUCAGAGAAAAGGGUUCUGAAGUUACAGAUUAUUGAAUUGUUUGAUAGUGUUUUUGGAUAUUAAAUCCAUUAGGCCAAAUCAAAUGUUUUGAUCACUUUUUUGACAGAAACAUCUUCUCACAUGUCUAAUUUACAAGUAUUUUCCCUUAAACAACCCCCCAAAAAUUCUUUAAGUUAGCCACAGUAAAUUUUCCCUGGAAGUAAUGGCCUUCCUUUACACUUAAAUCUUAAAUUUUAUGUUAAAAUUUGCGAUUAGUUUCUUCCGUGCCAUAAAAAGUCGUCACAGCUGAAACGAACCAGUCGGUGUUUCCCUUCACGUCAUAAGUGUCUCCACAUGUCGAUUAUUACAGUAAAAGGAAUCUUUUUUUGUUUGUUUAUGUGCCAGAUUGAAUUCGACUUUUUUUCGCCGUAACAUUGUUGCUGGGUAACUUUUUGGAGUGUGUGGUUGGUGAGGAAAACCCACCAAGCUGCAGUCGUCUGUCAGGACGCCGCUCUAUGACGGGCCGCCAUUUAAAAAGAAGAAAAAAAAAACAAAGAAUAAACUGUAAACCAGCAAAUGUUACUCUUUUUUGUUAUUGAUUAAAAAAACUGCCAAUCGUCAGCCCCGCCCUCGCUAGCUCCUUAGCUGGAGAGGAGCGUGAAGUGGGCGGGGCCCGACGGUGGCCCCGCCCCCUUUCACUCUCUUGGCGAUGAGGGAGAGUUGGGCAGGGACCUUCAUCGGCUCCACCCUCUCACUCCUUUGCGGGGGAGGAGCUGGAAGUGGGCGGAGACUGGGAGCAUGUUUUCCCUCCUGAUUGGGGGUUGAUUUCCUCGCCGUGCUGUGAAUCGUACGAGCUGUGAUUCUGUCCUGAUUUUGUCGUGCAUUUGUGGGGUAACUUUGCUACGUGUGAAAAUAUUUUGCCAAGUGCCACGCCCCGGCCUGUGCGAUGCUAACCAUAAUGUCUAUAAAACAGAAAGUGAUGUCUGCUGGCUGCUGCCUGCAGGUCCGGUCUGAUUAUUCUGCUUCUGAUUAUUAUUAUUAAUUAUUAUUAUUAUGGUGACUAUCAUUACUAUUAUUACUUCUACUGUAUCAUCAUUGCGACCAUGAUUAUUCUCAUAAUCAUUUACAGAGUCUAUUGUUUUGCCAUGUAUUUUUUAUUUUGAGAUUUUUAUUUUAGUUUUCUUUUUAUUAAAGGUAAAAUGAACUAACA